AUGAAUGGCAAUGCCCAUUCUCUGGGCUCUUCAUUUAACAAGAUACCUCCUGAUCACAAUGUGGCUCAAGCAAAUAAACACGUCAAUCACUACCAUCCUUCAUCGGCGAAACCAAGGGACCAUGUCAGCAGUCACCAUGAGCGCCCUGAACAGAUGGAAAACAAUGGCUUUCAGCAGCACAAGGUUGCCGCCAAUUCUACGGCGGCUCAUACUCACUUGAACUCGCAUCCUAAUCUUAAUCAGCACCCACCUAAUCAGCAUCCACCAAACCAACAGCAACAUAUCGUCGUCAAUAAUGAAAAAAGGUUCAAAAAUUACAAACUUGUUUCGGACCCUUUGCUGCGAAAAGGUGCACAGAAGGUGUAUCGCUACGAUGGAGUGCCUACAAAUCCGCGAGAACAGCCCGUUCAGGUUAAAGACCCACGGAGCUCGAUGACAAUUUUGGACAAAAUAUGGUCACAUCGGGAGCCAGCAGAACUAAUUUUGCCUAGGUUUAAAAUUGAUAAGCACUACGUCGGCGUUCCACCUGCAAUAGAAGUAUCUAUAACAAACUUGAAUGACAACAUCAACAACACAUUUCUUGAAGACAUGCUUCGAAAGUUUGACAAUUGCGAAGAAAUUGAAAUCCUCUACCAUCCGAAAACGAAUAAGCAUCUCGGUCUGGCAAAAGUUGUUUUCAUGACGCCAGCAGGUGCCAGACAAUGUGUGCAGAAGAUUCACAACACAUCAGUCAUGGGGAACAUCAUCAACGUGUGCUUUGAUCCGUUCUUCAAGAACAUCGAAACUGUUUAUGAAUCCAUUAUCAAUCCACCUCCGGCACCAGCUCAAACAGAUGCAUCGUCAUUCUUAGAUCCAAACAGUUUAGAAAAGCUGCCUUUGACAAGCGACUUUGUCUUCACCACUGACUCAGGCAUGAUAGCAAAUGAUUUAAUGAAUCUUCACACUCCAUCUACUUCAGGCUUUGAAAAGCAGUCAUUUAUGCAGUCUCAAGGUUUUGCCAGCAGUCAACAGUGGACUGAUAACCCAGACGCUAGUCCAAUUCGGGAAAGUCUUGAUGCUCGAAUUCAUAACCUCAUUAUGAUGCAGAGUGUCGGCCAGCUGUCUGGCUUUCUCAGUGAGAUUGACCUCUCCGACAUAAACACCUCACUGAGACUGAGCGACUCUCCUGAUCAUCGAAGAGUUGGACUUUCUAACCGGAUCGACGAUUCAGACGCCUUUCUCGGCACUCCGCCGUCGCCUUUUGUUUCCGCAUCUGAGUACUUAAAGUGGCACAAGUUCACCAGGAAAAUUGACACUGGUGACAAUGACAGUGACCAAGGCGAUGAUCAGAAGGGCAGGGAUGGAAAGACUGAUGACGACGACGAUCGCAUGUCGCUCUCCUCGCUGAGCAGCAGUGAAAAGAUGGACGAGAUCAAUGUGACCAACGGUAAUCACGCCUACCCUUCCAACAGCGACCCGAGCUCCUCCGGAAUGCCGCUGGCACCUGGAAUGUGGAAACAGGGCAUGGGCGUCGGUAGUUUCAACUCGUUCAUGGCAGGCAAAAACCUGCCCGCAUUUAACGGCUCAAUGAUGCCCUCUUUCAUGUACCAUUCAUAUGUGCAAGGAUUCUCUCGAUUUUCCGGAUUCAAUGGGCCUUCCACUCUAGGCCUACCUGCAGACAUCUUCAACCAGGAUUUGUCGCCAACGAAGCAGUGGACCAGCAGGCCAAAGGAGAAAGAGAAUCGACACGAAAUGCUCAUCAGCAAUAUACUAGCCGAAUCGUCCAAAUGUCUAGUGAAGGACCUGAAGGAUAUUCUCAUCAAGGACAUCUUGAAGAGGAUCGUGGAGAACUACUCCUUUAAGAUGUUUGACAAGUGGUGGGAGGACAAUGAGCGAAAGUCAAAGUCAACGGCAGAGAGUAAGACAAGUGCCGGCGAUGCAGCAGCGGAACGCUCCGAAAGCACUGCCCGUGGCAAAGACAUUAACAUUCCACUCUUUAACCCACUCUUUAAUAACUCAAUAUCUCAAAACCGCCAUGAUCACAUUGUGCCUAACUUUGAGUUUGGUCUCACUCGAGGCAUGAGGAUGGCCAUUCCAAAGCUGCCAUCCUUCAAACGGAAAAUCGUCAAAAGAUCUCCGAAUCGCGCAUUUAACGACAAGCUCUCGGACAUUUCCGAUGACGAGGAUGAGAUUCGAAAGCCUCGAAGGGAUGAUCGAAGACGCGAUGACGAGCGGAGAAGGAGAAGAAGGCGUCACUCGGUCAGCUCGCAAAGUAGUCGCAGCAGUCGAUCAUCGCGGAGCUCCUCUUCGUCCUCCUCCUCUUCCUCGAGCAAGUCGUCUAAAUCCUCAUCUGACGAUGACCGCUCUUCUACCUCUUCAUCGGAGAACUCCAGUGCUUCGGAGAAGUCCGAUGGGAGUGACUCUGACUCAUCUGAUGCAUCUGCUUCAUCCGCCUCCUCCAAAAGGUCUACACUUUCUUCAUCAUCUUCUGCCUCAUCUAAAGUUUCUGCAAAGUCACUAAGCUCUCGUUCAUCGAGAUCAUCACGUUCAUCAUUGGUCAAGAGGUCGCGAUUGUCGCCGAUUAGUGUUUCCCCAAUAAGUGACACCUCCAGUCCGGCGAGAGCAGAUGCACUGCAUGAGGAGAGCACAGCUGCGCCAAAGUUGAAGCACGACGAUUUGUCGGAAAUCAGCGCCGACAAUGACAGUGAUCUGGACACUGACCGAACCGACACGGCGGACGAAGAUAUUCCCGAGUCGGAGCUGGAAGAGGACAAGCAGCUGCAAAAGGAGAGAGCAGCAAAGCUCAAAGAGCAGACGCCCAGUUUGGACAUUUCCUCGAUCGAGUACGAGGCAACGCAAGGCCUGAUGGCGCUCAGCCUUGGUUUUCAGGCCACGGCACCACCGGCUCCCACCACCAGUGUUGGCCCGAACCAUCAAGCGGAGCGAAUUUACCAGGAAACAUUUGAUAACUACUUUGCCUUUGAGCACAGUUACAUUGUUCCAAGGCCGGCGCUAACCAUUGAAGAGGCGGCAGCGGAAGAGGCGGCGGCAAAGGCGGCGGCAGAGGCAGCGAACACAGUGCCGCCGGCUAAGCCUAAAGGAAAAGUUGGUCGACCGCGGAAGGAGAAGCUGGACAGUAACAACAAAGAGAAUCAACAGCAGAAGGGACGAAAACGAAAGACGAACGAGACGGUGGCGGCUGGCGAUGUGGCGACCUUUGACGACCUGGCGGAGCACACCUACGCCGUCGCCUCGGAGUGGCGGAACGCCAAGCGGAAGAACGUCGCCGCUAAUGAUCUUAGUGACAAUUUUCUCUUGCAGACUGCUGUCGAUGAUGUUGCAAAUAAAGCAGCAGCAGCGGCACUGCCCUCGUUUGCCACCGAGCCACUAGUCACUUUUCCUCCUCGGGACAGCAGCGCAGAGGCGAAGGUGCUGCUCGACUUCCUCGAGAACGGCAUUGACGAGGAGGACGUGUCCUACCUGAAGCGCAGCUUCGAGGAGAUGAUGCAGGAGAAUGUGCCCAACAUGGCCUGGCUCAAUGACACCUACUGGGUGGAUGUGCCCAUGCCGCCCAAGCGACGGCGCAAUGAGGCCGCUGAGGAGUCCUCCGGUCGUGUCCACAAGAGCGGCUGCGCCCGCACGGAGGGCAUCUACAAGCAGCUGUCGGCGGACAAGAACCGGUACUUCUUCCAGGAGACCAAUGUCAAGAACAAGCUGCAGCAGACGGAGAGAGAGGCGAGGACGAACCAGCGGCGAUUCAUUGCCAGCGCACAGCAGGAGGUCUUCGGGCAGAGUGAUCUGGUCAAGUUCAACCAGCUCAAGUUGCGCAAGAAGCAGCUCAAGUUCAGCAAGAGUAAGAUCCACGAGUGGGGCCUCUUUGCGAUGGAGCCCAUCGGCGUCGAUGAUAUGGUCAUUGAGUACGUGGGCGUGCAGCAGCGGGCCAUCAUGGCGGACACGCUCGAGAGGAAGUACGAGAAGUUGGGCAUUGGCAGUUCGUACCUCUUUAAGAUUGAUUCGGAGACGAUCAUCGACGCGACGUUACGCGGCAAUGUGGCACGCUUUAUCAACCACAGUUGCACUCCCAACUGUACCGCCAAAGUCAUCCUCGUUGAGGGACAGAAGAAGAUUGUCAUCUACUCGAAGCAGGCGAUUCAGGCUGGCGAGGAGAUUACGUACGACUACAAGUUUCCAAUUGAGGAGACUAAUAAGAUCAAGUGUCUCUGUCAGACGUCAGGAUGCCGUGGUUUCCUCAACUAA